AUGGUACCCAAAACCGAAGAGAAGCUGACUCUGGCCCAGUUUGAGCCCCGGAUCGGCAAAGACUUUGAGGCCUUGCAGAUCAAAAUCAAGGAGCGCUUCGGAAACAACUUCGCAAUGAUGCUGGAGAUGGAUGAUGGAAGCUGCUCCAUGGAUUAUCGCCGGUUUCUUGAGCUAUGCUACGAGUGCAAGUUUUCUGGCAAUGAGCGCCGCACGUUUGAGUUUUUGGAGAAGGAUGAUGGGCGCAUUGGGUUUGAAAAGAUUGACGAAAAGGCUGCAAAAGAUUUGAAAGCGCAAAUAGCUGAGGAGGAGAAGAAGCGAAAGGAAGAGGAGCGGCGCCUCCGACGGGAAGAAAGAAAACGAGAGAAGGCAAAGGAGGCGAAAGAGCAAAAGAAGGGGCAUGCAGCAGAUGAAGCUUGGGAGGCUCAUGACCCUGACGCACAGGUUUCUCAAGCAGAGGAGCCUCAAAAGCCAAAGCUCCAGGCUCGCCGACCCAAACCACCUGCAGGGCUGGGGCAUCUUUGUUUGGCGAUGAAGCCGCUGCAGGUGAGACUGAAGAAGGCAACCUCCUUGCCUUCUUUACGAGUUGGUUUGCGUGCCCAGUGGAACGACCGGCAUCACGUCGCAGACCAUCGUGGCAACCGAGACAUGAACAUCAUCCACACACUCACGGCGAUUGAGACGCAGGAUGAAGAGAGGUGCAUGACCCGCGUGAGAAGACAAUUGACAGAGAACCCCACCAUGGAGUGGUUUGAGGAGCAGCUGAGAUUGGAGGAGGAGCGCAACGCUCAAAUCUGGGCACCUGAUGUGGAACUCGAAGAUGAGGAGGACGACGAGGAGGAAGAUGAGAACUGA